UGCGCACGCGCGUCGGAGGCGGAGGAGGAACCCGCCGCACCGACAGGGCGGUCGAGUGAGGGAGCUGCUGGCGGGUGGGUCAGGCAACUCCUUGGGAGGCCGACGCGGGCGGACGGGCUGGUGCUGGGAACCGAGCCUAGGCUUGCGGCCGGCAGUUUCCGUGGAUCUGUGAAGAAGUCGGCGGCCCCUGCGGGCGCCAGUCAGGACACAGCUGGAAGGCUCCAUCUGUGAAUCAGAAAGUGGGCUCGCACCUGACUGAAUCUGCUGGCGUCUUCUUGGACUUCUCAGCCUCUGGAAAUUCUUUAAGAAAAAGUAGAGAUCACUUCUGACUGUACUGAACAGCAAAAAUUAAGUGACUUGCUCCACUGUAAAUCAUGGCACUGCCAUUCCGUAAGGACUUAGAAAAGUACAAAGACCUUGAUGAAGAUGAGCUCCUUGGGAAUCUGUCAGAAACAGAACUGAAACAACUGGAAACUGUUUUGGAUGAUCUUGACCCAGAGAAUGCCCUUCUGCCUGCAGGGUUCCGGCAGAAGAACCAGACAUCAAAGUCCGCCACAGGGCCAUUUGAUAGAGAGCAUCUCCUUUCAUAUCUGGAGAAGGAAGCAUUGGAGCAUAAAGACAGGGAAGACUAUGUGCCCUACACUGGAGAAAAAAAAGGGAAAAUAUUUAUCCCCAAACAAAAACCUGUACAGACUUUUACAGAAGAAAAAGUGUCUCUUGAUCCAGAAUUAGAAGAAGCUUUGACAAGUGCUUCUGAUACAGAAUUAUGUGACCUCGCAGCAAUUCUUGGGAUGCACAAUUUGAUAACGAAUACACAGUUCUGUAAUAUGAUGGGAAGUAGUAAUGGUGUAGACCAAGAACAUUUUUCAGAUGUGGUCAAAGGUGAAAAGAUUCUUCCAGUAUUUGAUGAGCCACCAAAUCCAACCAACGUAGAAGAGAGUUUGAAGAGAAUUAAAGAAAAUGAUGCUUAUCUUGUUGAAGUUAAUUUGAAUAAUAUAAAGAAUAUCCCAAUUCCAACCCUAAAAGAUUUUGCAAAGGCUUUGGAAACCAACACACAUGUGAAAUGUUUCAGUCUUGCAGCCACCCGGAGCAAUGACCCUGUUGCUACUGCUUUUGCAGAAAUGCUGAAAGUGAACAAAACUUUGAAGAGCUUAAAUGUGGAGUCCAACUUUAUCACAGGAGUUGGGAUUCUGGCACUGAUUGAUGCGUUAAGAGAUAAUGAAACCCUGGCAGAGCUCAAGAUUGACAAUCAGAGGCAGCAGUUGGGGACAGCUGUAGAAUUGGAAAUGGCCAAGAUGCUUGAGGAAAAUACAAAUAUCCUUAAAUUUGGAUAUCAGUUUACACAGCAGGGACCACGAACCAGGGCAGCUAAUGCUAUAACAAAAAACAAUGACUUAGUGCGCAAGAGACGAGUUGAAGGAGAUCACCAGUAAGUCUGCCAAGGUGUAAUCUUUGGAAGACUUCAGAAGAUCACCAAAGGUUCAUGUUGGUGACACCAGAUGUAAAAUUUUCCUGGGUAGAAGGGAAAAGACUGGAAAAAUUUUUUUAGUGAUAUGCAUUUUUUUUUUUUUUAUAGUUUAAGUUGUUAUCAGUUUCAAAUUGUAAAAUCAGUAAUGUGAUAUUUUAUAUUCUGAAACAUUUCUACUUUCUGCUGAAAUCAAUUUUAAUUUAGUUUAAUCAAAUGAUUUAUGAUGACUCUUGAGCAAAAAAAUACAAUUGUAAAAAAUUUCACAGGUCAUUUGUGUAGAAUAAUUUGAACAUUGUGAGGACCAAUCUUUUUUAAAUCAAAAGGGAUAUUGCUGGUAUCAGAAUUGUUAUUGCUUCAUUUAGACAUAAAACACUUCAGUAUUUUCUUCACUCCAUGACCUGGAGACUUCUCUAAAUUUUUAAAAAAUUUUUAAAAUACAUGAACUUUGCAAGGGUGUGAUUUUUCUCUAUGAAGAGAACAAAAUGCCAGAAUUUUAAAACAGUUGACUCAAAAUCUGGUCAUCUGUGUUGGAGCUAAAGCAGGUCUCCAGGGAGAGAGGUGGUCAUCUGUGCAUUCCAGGUUACUGCACUUGUCUGAUGAGACACAGCAACACCCAGGUUUUCUUAAAACAAAGUCAUCAGCUUUGCUAGGUUACAUACUUUGUUUAAAAGUAUAGUGAGGUCUAAGUUCAUUCCAGUGUUUCAUUUUAAUAAAGUGAGCAUUAUUAAAUUUUUGUGAAAGCUAAUAGUAAAAAAUAAAAGCUGUUUUCACCGCCCCCCCCCCAAAAAAAGGUAUACAGCCAACUCUUAAUUAUUUAGGGUAAGAGAAAAAAGAAAACUGUUAAACAAUGAAAUCAAAGAGAAUAAAUAUGAUAGAGUUCCAGUAUGAGGCACUUGUAAAACAGUUGUUUAAACUGAUGGUUACUGUAAGUCAACUGGAAGCUAGCAUGUAUGUAAAUUACUUGGUGUUACACAGUAUCAAGAAGUUCCUAUUUGCAGUGCAGAAUUGCAUACAGUAUUUAAUCACUGCUACAGAUCUUCCAGCCAAGAAGGAAAACUGCUAUUCUUCAUAAAUCUAAUUUUUAGUAUAUGCUUCCUUUCAUCUUAUACUUUUGUCCAUAUUUAUAAAAGUCAUUUCUAUAAUAAAAGCAGUCUUUCUUGCUCAAAGUA